AUGUCCCGCGAUGGAGUAGCCGAGAUAGUGUUAGGCACUUGUGAUACCCGCAAGCCAUCAUCUCUCUACCCAGAAGUCACUAUAGACUGGGCACCUUCUCUGAAGCUGGGCCACCACAAGGUAGCAACUCUGACUUUGCCAACCCCUCUACGUGGUACUAGAAUCAAGCAACGAGAGGAAAAGAAGAAGAAUGUUGUAGCUGCACAAUCACUUCUUCAACUUUUCAACCAGUGUCGACAAGAUGAAGUGCAGGUUACAGAUGCUACAACACAGGAUCACCCUGAGGUAACAAGUGACUGUGCCCAACAUGUACAGACAGAACUGUCUUCUAGUGCAAUAAGUGCUAUAGAAAGUGAUUAUAACAGAAUCAAAGUGGAGAAUGUUGAACUAAAACAGAAACUUGCAAACAUGACAAUAACUGAAGAAGGGUUACAGGGAAAUGAUGACAGGAUUAAAAUGUUGACUGGAAUCGCCACAUUCCAAAUUCUCAUGACAUUAUUCACUUUCUUGGAAACAUCAUUUCAUUCAACCCACAGCAGUGCUCUGACCAAGUUUCAGCAGAUGAUGGUUGUCCUUAUCAGACUGAAGUUAGCCUUCCCGUGUCAUUAUUUGGCUGAAAUGUUUCAAGUUUCCCCCAGCACCAUCAGCAAGGUAUUUUUGAAUUGUUUAAAUGUGAUGUUUGUGAAAACGAAACCACUGAUCUACUGGCCACAUAGGGAGGAGCUACAGGAAACCAUGCCCAUGGCGUUUCGGAAGCACUUUGGACUUCGUGCAGCUGUCAUUAUCGAUUGCUUUGAAAUCUUCAUUGAAAGACCCUCUGGCUUGAAAGCACGUGCCCAAACAUGGUCAAACUAUAAACACCAUAACACUGCUUAG